AUGUCUCCUACCAAGGUGACCAAGGGCAAAAGCCUGCCCAAACUUCGCACUGAAGGAGGACAGGAUGUCAAACCCAGUGGCUGGGCCCGCCGCCUGAAGCACCAGUUGUAUGGACCUAUCUCUGAGUCCACCACACGCCUGAAGACCAUGAAGUCUCUCCGGGAACCUGUCGUACGCGACAUGACUGCUGCAGAAUUCGAGUCCCAACUCCGCCACAGAAGAAAACUUGAUGCUGCUCUGGUUCAGGUUGUUGGUACUCCUUCCUACUCACCUUGUGACAACUGUGAAGCCGACUGCAGCCCGUUCACCUCCUGCAUGGUUGCUCAAGACGAGCUGGGUGGAGCCUGUGCCAACUGCUACUGGAACGGAAAAAGCCGCACCUGCCUCUUUUCCUCAUGCUCUGUCAAAUUCAUCAUGGAUAUCAUGAAAGGUGCCCUCCAGCCAGAGGAGAAGCCCCUUGAAGGUGACAUUGAAACAAACCAAUUCAAGAAAUCAUUUCUUGAGGAUGUUAUCAAUAAGGCACAAAAAAGCUUUGACACCAUCACUGCACUCAGUCAGUUGCGUGUUUCUUUGGAAGAGAUCACCCGUUCUGCACUUCAGCUCAAGGCCGGUAUCAAGGAGGCCCAGGAGUUCUUGGAAAAGAUGAAAAUUGAGACUGUUGAAGAUGAAGAUGAAGAACAUGGGGAGCAUGAAGAACACGAGAAAGACGAGGAAGAUGAGGAAGACGAGAAGAAUGGAACGAAUGGGACGAAAGGGAAGCACGAGGCGUGA